AUGAAAUUAUUCGUUGUAUUUGCUUGCGCUUUGGCCGCUGCUUCAGCUGGAUAUGUUGCUCCAGUUGUCUACUCUCAAGCUCAACAUCUUCCUGUGAUUGGAGCCAAUGGAGUUCCUGUUGAAACCGCGGAAGUACAACACGCCAAAGCCGCUCAUUACUUGCACAAAGCUGACGCUCACGCUCGUAACGGAGAUUUCGUCUCUGCUUACGUCCAUGGAUCUCCUGUUGUUUCCGCUUACUCUUCUCCAGUCUACAGCGGUGUAGCUCACACUCCAGUUGUGGUGAAGACUCCUGAAGCUUACCCAACCACCUACGGUCAUCCAGGAAACGUUAACGGAGUUCCUCUUGAAACUCCAGAAGUUGUAGCUGCCAAGAGCAAUCAUUUUGCUGCCCAUGUUGAAGCUCACGCUCGUAACGGAGAUUUCGUAGCUCCAGUUGUCUCCACUUACGCUCACGGAUCUCCAGUCGUUGCUGCUUCUCCAGUAGUUCAAGCUUACUCUUCUCCAGUCCACACUGUUGUAUCCAAGACUCCAGAAGCUUACCCAACCACCUACGGUCAUCCAGGAAACGUUAACGGAGUCCCAUUGGAAACCCCAGAAGUCGUAGCUGCCAAAAGCAAUCAUUUCGCUGCUCACGUUGAAGCUCAUGCUCGUAACGGAGAUUUUGUAGCUCCAGUUGUCUCCGCUUACGCUCACGGAUCUCCAGUCGUUGCUGCUUCCCCAGUAGUUCAAGCUUACUCUUCUCCAGUCCACACUGUUGUAGCUAAGACUCCAGAAGCUUACCCAACCACCUACGGUCAUCCAGGAAACGUUAACGGAGUCCCAUUGGAAACCCCAGAAGUUGUAGCUGCCAAGAGUAACCAUUUCGCCGCUCACCUUGAAGCUCACGCUCGUAACGGUGAUUUCGCUACCGAAGUCGUAGCUCCAGUCGUCUCCACUUACUCUGCCCAAACUCCAGUCGUCUCCAGCUACUCCACCCACGGUUCUCUCGUCUCCCAAACCCCAGUUGUAUCCGCUUACUCUUCUCCAGUUUACGCUCCAGUCCAUGGAGUUGUUGCCCACGCUCCAGCUGCUUACCCAACCACUCUCGUUCAUCCAGGAAACGUUAACGGAGUCCCAUUGGAAACUCCAGAGGUUGUAGCUGCAAAGAGCAAGCAUUUCGCCGCUCACUCCGAGGCUUUGGUUCGUAACGGAGAUGCUCACGUCUUGUACCGUCAUCGUCGUGGUGUCUACACUCCAGUCGCUUACUCCGCUUACAACUAUGGAGCUUUCCCAUACGGCUACACCACCCCAGUCGUUCAUCAUUAUUGA